AUGGACGCAGAGAAGCCAGCCUAUCUCAGUAACAUCCUCGGGACCAUUACCGCCCCGAAUCUACAUCACCUCGCUGACGAGGCGCCCAAGUUCCCGACUAUGUGCAGGUUGACGAUGAAGAACAUGCUCCAGUCGGUCUAUGGGCCCGGGAAGAAUUUACGCUCUAUCUCUACCGCGCUCCCUCAUGUGACAGAAGUUGUAUUUGACCAGGAUGUUAGGGAGAUCGCCGAUUCCCUCGUAAUGGAAUCGUAUGACCAGAAAGUGCCACCACUAUGGCCGUACCUGCGGCAGCUCACAAUCGAAAUGUCAUCCAUGACAACAUUCUACUACCUCCCGCAGCUCUCCGAGUGGCUGCGUCUCCGGCACGCGAGUGGGCUGUCGCUGCCCGCGGUGGUCAUCCGUUACGGGCUCCAACGAGCUGGGGUAAAGGAGGAUGCAAGGGAUUUGAUGGCUAUUAGGAAAAUUGUAAAUGAUGCGACGGGAUACCGCGCACCUGAUACGAGAGAGGUAGUGAAGCAGCUUGGAAAGCUGGGUGCGUUGGUGGAUCUGAGGGUUGAUUCGUGGGUGGUCCACGACUGA